AUGGAUGGCGGGGAGGCAUUUCUGGGGCUGGCGUGGCGCCUCCUCGGCGGCGGCGGCGGCGGCGUGGGGAGCGGGGACUCGGGCGGCCGCGUCUUCGUGCUGGGCGGAGAAGGGUUGCGCGGCGAGGUGCGCGACGCCGGCCUGCGCCUGGCGGGAGAGGGCGAGGCGGCGUCCGCCGAGCCGGUGCGGGCCGUGCUGGUGGGCUACGACGACCAGUUCACCUUCGCCAAGCUGGCGCAGGCCUGCGGCUACCUGCGCGACCCGCAGUGCCUCCUGGUGGCCACCGACCCCGACCCCUGGCACCCGCUCAGCGACGGGCAGCGCACCCCCGGGACUGGCAGCCUCACAGCCGCGGUGGAAACGGCUUCAGGCCGCAAGGCACUAGUGGUGGGGAAACCGAACACGUACAUGUUUGAUUGCAUCGUGGAGCGUUUCGGCGUCGACCCUUCCCGCACCCUCAUGGUGGGAGACCGUCUGGAGACAGAUAUCCUCUUUGGCAAGAACUGCGGCCUCUCCACCAUCCUCCCCACAGG